UGUAAGAUGUAAGCUAGCAAACAGAAAUCCGUCUAGCAUAGAUUAGUUGUCAUUAAACUAUCAGUAAGAUGUAAGAUUCUGGUUAACUGUAAUGUUAGCUAGCUAAUCUAAAUGUAAACUAGCAUCAUUAUUAUAGCUAGCUAAAAUCAAUGUAAGCAUUCAAACGUCAUUAUAACCUAGCUAAUGGUAAAGUUAGCAAGGUAACGGUAAUUAUGCUAGCCAACUACAUUAAUUGGCAUUUAAGUUUUUGGCAAGGAAAGAUUUGGGUGCCAACUGUUGGUAUCUACUGUGUUAUCAAAUCUGUCAUUGAACUAUCAGUAAGAUGUAUGUUUAUAGCUAACUGUAAUGUUAGCUAGCUAAGCUAAAUGCAGACUAACGUCGUUGUUUUAGCUAGCUAAAGUCAAUGUUAGCAGGCUAACAUCAGUAUAACCUAGCUAAUGGUAAUGUUUGCAAGAGGGAGACAGUAUUCAGGAGUCAGCGGCUGCUGCAGAGUUCAACAGGAGGCUGAGCCGUAACCGCAGGAACAUCAGCUGGUACAAACAAAACUCUGACUUCUGGGGCUGGUACAAGUUCUUCACUGAAAACGGCAACCAGGAGGCAGUUCAGGAGAUGGACCGCACCUACCUGGCCUACCUCCAGAACAAGAACCGUGCUGAGGGACGUCGCUCCUACAAAGCUUACCUGCGUCAUCUGGGUGAUGUCUACAAGUCCUGCUCCGAUUCUGAUGACCCCAACUGCGUGGCUUCUGCCACCACCAGGCCCAAACCAAAACCUGAGCCUCCCAAGCCUGCACCUGUAAAAACCUGCGACCCCACCAAGGACGCCUACUGUCUGUAUGCUGCCCUGCUCCAGGGUAAGAGCCCCUACCUGCCCCUGGUUAUCCCAGUUGCGACUCCAGCCCCAGCACCAGUGAAGGCCCCUGCUCCUCUUUUUGCCAAGUCAGCUGCUCUAGCCAAGGAGCCCCAGUCUGGGUAUUACUACUACUCUCCCUCUGCAACACCUUUACUCUCCAAGGAGCAGAAAGCUGAGCUGCUGCGUAUCUGUUCCGCUGAUGACGUGGAGUGUCUGCAGUACCACCUGAGAGCCGCCCAUGGUUAUGCACCCUCUGCUGGACCUGUGCCUUCCUACGCUCACCUUGGCUGUGACCCUAGCAAGGACCCUAAGUGCAAACCAAAGUUGGUGCAGAAAGCCCCCUCUGGUCUCUACCUGCAGUACCCCAACUGUGAUCCACGGGAUCCCCGCUGUGCCUAUGCUGCCUCCCUCGCGGCACCCCGUUCCCCAAAUCCCCCUGCCCCUGCUGGUCCUGGAUCCUGCAACCCUCUUUUUGAAGAAGGUUGCAACCCUCUUACCGCCACCAGAUUUGCUACUCCACCCGGUUCAUACAAAUCUGAGCACAAAGAAGAGGCUGCUGCCAUCCGUGCUGCUCCUCCUGCAGCUGAGCAGAACCGUGACCCCUACGCUAUGUUUAGGGAUGCUUAUGCUAAUGCUAAUGCUAACAGAGUCACUGAUCCUUAUGCAAUGUACCGUCAACAAAGCGCCCCCGCCCCUGCGUCUCCUCCUGCCAAUGACCCAUAUGCACUUCUGCGCCAAUUUAUGUCACAAGCUCAUGCAAGUGACCCGUAUGCACCCCGAAUGGAGGCUGCUCCAGAAUCCAACCCAAAUGAUCCUUUCUCUGCAAUCCGCGAAGCAGCGGCUGCUAUGCAUCGCCGUGGCCCUCCCACCGCCCCCAGGCAGCAGUACCCCUUCUCCAGUCAUGAAGAGCCUACACAGGAGGACCGCCACCCUUUGGGUCCCCCAGGCAAAACAAAGGAGGGUUAUGACUGCUUCAUCGGCUACGAUCGGGAAUGCUUUCCUGUGAAGCCCACCAAUCCUCGCACUGGGGUCCACCGCCAAAUCCCAUACUCUGCUGAAGCCUAUGAGCCUCACCUGAAUGCUGAUGGCACCAGAAAUGGCGUCCUGGAACCAACCAAUCUAGACUGUGACCCCGAACAUGACCGGGACUGCCGCCUGCGCCGCGUUGAGCCAGAGCAGACCCAGCCUGAGCAUUACCCUGAGGAGGAUCAACACCAGGGGGCAGCAGAGAGCGAGCAGCAUUAUGAGCAGCAGGAGCAGGACCCGUAUGAGGCUGAGCCCUUCCAGAGCGGCCAGGAGGAACCUCACAUGUCCUACCAGCCACUAUCACAGGGUAUGCCCAGCCUCCAGGACAUACUGAGGCGCUAUGGAGAUCAGUUCCCUGAGCAGGAUGGUCAGAGAGCCUACGCAGACGACUAUCGCCAGAAAUAGAAAUGCUUACACACACGUGCAUGCAAAUGGACAUGAAUACACAGUUUCCUGCGUUCCUGUAGCUUAGCCCUUGAUCGCUUCACGCAGUAAGUCCUACCUGGACCAGAUAUGGGACAUGAGAGAAGCCUAUGGACCCAAUGAGCAAGUACAUCCAUGUACAUCCACACAUAGCUUUGUGCUAAUGGAGCAUGCUUCAAAAAGAAGAGAGUCUUCCUGCAAAGUUUUCAUCUCUUUAGUUGCUUUAGAUCUGUUGCUUUCCAGUUUCCACCUCACUUUCUUAAAACCACUCGAUUGUGUUGUGACUUCUCAAUGCUCAGCUUUGCUUUUGUAUCAAUGCGUCUCACGUUUUUUACUUGUUUGUUGCUUUUUGUCUGAUGAUGUAUGUAA